GCAGUCCAGGCUCGUCUACCGAACCAGAAAUGAAGGAUAAACUCGCCCUCUGCAUCCGUUAUGCUAAAAAUAUGCUUUUGAGAGGAUAAAUAUCUACUGUCAGACAUGUGAAGUAUUUAAAUGUACUCGUUUCAUUGUGGAAAAGGCUUAAAUGUCAACAUGUCGGAGAAUGCAAAUGAUGAGUCACAUUGGUUGUGUUUAUUGGGCUAAAGUUCAUCCAUGCAGGUCACUCUUCACUCUAAAAUGAGAGGAAUCCAAAACUGGUACAUUCCAUUUUCAGUUCCAACCAUGAAGUGGUCAUUCUCACAGUGAACAAUGGUGAGAUUCAGACGCAAAACCUGCAUUCCCGUUUUGGUUUUCCUUUUCCUCGUCCUCGUUGUAUCCGUGGUGCUGAAAAACCUACCACCAGAAGAUUCCAGCCCGGUUAGCUUGGUCCGACCUGCAGAAACGUACCAUAAAGACAACAUGGCGGAUAGCAAGACCGCCAAAAUGCCUGCACCUGCCCGGCCUGAGAGAGAUCUGCAACUGGAAGAAGCGUUGAAAAGAUUCCCUCCUCCAAACUAUUACGUACACACUUUCUAUUAUCCCUGGUAUGGAAAUCCGAAAUUUGAUGGGAGAUAUAUCCACUGGGAUCAUGCACAGUUGCCGCACUGGGAUACUAAAGUGGCUCAGGGUUAUCCGCAAGACAGACAUAUCCCUCCUGAUGACAUUGGGUCCAACUUUUAUCCUGCUCUGGGCCCGUACAGCUCUAAGGACCCUGCAGUGGUGGAGAAUCACAUGCAGCAGUUGCGUAUGGCUGCUAUAGGGGUCAUGGCUGUAUCCUGGUAUCCUCCAAACCUCAAGGACGACAAUGGAGAGCCGAUAGACAACCUGAUGCCUCUGCUGCUGGAAAUAGCCCACCGAUAUCAUAUCAAGGUCAUUUUCCACAUUGAACCAUACAAAGGACGCGAUGAGGUCAACAUGUUCACCAACGUCAAGUACAUUAUCGAAAAAUACGGAGAGCACCCUGCCUUUUUCAAAUACCGCACCACCAAUGGCAAACUCCUCCCACUUUUCUACAUUUACGACUCUUACCUGAUGAACUCUGAGCAGUGGGCCAAGCUCCUCAAGCACACAGCCACUGAAACCAUCCGAGACACCCCUUACGACGCCAUUUUUAUCGCGUUGUUGGUGGAAGAGAAACAUAAACGUGACAUCCUAACUGCCGGUUUCGACGGACUUUACACGUACUUCGCAACAAAUGGAUUUUCGUAUGGCUCCACGUUGAAAAACUGGGAGGUGAUCCGAGCGUUCUGCGAAGAUAACAACUUGAUUUUCAUUCCGAGCGUUGGACCGGGGUACAUUGAUACUAGCAUUCGUCCGUGGAAUUUCCAAAACACUCGGAACCGCAUCAACGGGAAAUACUACGAGACAGCGUUGAGUGCGGCGUUGAAAGCUAGGCCCGAUUUUAUUUCGAUAACGUCUUUUAACGAAUGGCACGAGGGCACGCAAAUAGAGACAGCGAUACCCAAAACCAGCCAGACGGUGUACUUGGACUACCUGCCCAAUAAGCCCACCAUCUACCUGGAAAUAACGCGCAAGUGGGUCGCCAUAUUUGGAAGUGAAAGAAGACGGUGGCAAGACUGAAAUUUUGAGCCUUAACCAAAGUGUAUUCAUAACUUUAUUUGUAGUAAUUACACUGAAAUAACUUAAAGAACACAUGUUAUGCAAAUUUGACUUUUUAACUUUUAAUCAUAGUACUCCCUCAUCAAAUACAUAAUUGGAGUUGUAUUUUGAUUCAUCCCUGUUUUUCAUUUUCAUUCCUGUUGCUGACAACUGAGAAAGCUCCAGUGCCUAAGUACUUCAUUGGGAAUUGAGGUAUUUAAGCGUUGGAGGUCCUCACACAAUGUGGAAAUGUGUUUUCCACUAUUUUAAGAUGUCUGUGUUGAUCAACAGGGACCACAGGGAAUCCGAACCUAGAAGGAAAGACUUAACUUAUCUCUUACACAACGGGUGUGUCUGAAAAACCUCAGAGAAUUUUCAGACAGUUGGAGUUUCCGGUCUAUUUUAAACUUUGAAACACUUUAAGACCAAAACUGGUUCAUCCAAACGAGGAACAGAUCUUAGCCAGAGAAAAGAAAUGGUUUGAGAGGGGAGUUAAAGAAGCAUUUUUUGUUAAGAAAGACAAUCCUUGCCUAAACAGGAAUGGGGGCCUGAGACAUAAUCUAUCCCUCAUCUAUAACCCCAUCCUCAGACCCAAAGCAAACAAAAGGAACAAAAGAGAACAAUAGAGUGAGCCACUAGGACCAUUAAAGGUUGAAUGGAGACCAUUAAGGCUGAAACUGGAGACAAUAGCUGUUUACAGUUUCAGUGUAGUUAGCCCUUCCCUUAAGAUAGAUAUAAGGCAGUGUCCAACAGCAAUCUGACCAGAAUUGAAGAAGUGACUUGAAUGAGCAGCGUCAUCACUCCUAACUCCUUAACUUUGGCUUUUACAACAUUAUUUUAACUUAGAAAAUGUAAAAUACUGAUGACUAGGUCAGAAGCAUCUUUAAAGUUGGAUUAAACACUAAAUCAGGAUUUUUUUGCUACUAAACUGUGUAUAUGGUGUACUUAGCAUUAUCUACAGUUCCUAAUCCUUUUUUGGCAAUUUUAGUGCAAACUAGGAAAAUUUGCAGCUUUGUGGUCAAAAAUGUAUAAAAAUGGGUGUGUUCUGGCUCCAGUGGCCACUGCCAAAUUCAGAUAUUUGGUUCUCACACCUCUCAGCCCUGAUCACAGCCAGGUGUUUCUGAUUACAAACACUGGGCUGCAGGGGCAGAGACUGAAGUGUGGAAACCAAUCACACUGUUCCUUAUACCUCCAGACCCCACCCCUUCUCCUCUCCCUCUAUUUUUUUAGUCCUCCAGGUACCUAAACUCUGCCCAGCUGUGGGAAGAGUUUAGGUGUUUGAUCUGAGUUUAAAAGUGAAUUAAAACCACAAGAAUGCAUAAUACAUGAUUGAGACUUGCUAUGUUAAACACUUCAUCUAUCCAUUAGCAUCAUGUUGCUAUAAAGCUGAGCUUCCUUUUGCCUUUUCUACAUGGUUCACUCCCCUUUGUUGUCAGCAGAGGGCACCAGACAUCAAGUCCAAAGUUUAUCUAACCAAAAACUUAGGGGCUGCAUUGUUUGUUUGUUUUUCAAAUCUGUUCACACAUUUUAAGGUAUUUCAUCAUGACUUUUAUUUUUAUUUACAUUCUGAAGGGCACUGUCAAUAGGAAUGUCAUGUGUGACUGAUCAUGUUGUACUAAUUCUCUGAAGUGUUACUAUGUGUCUUAAGAAGCUGCUAGACUCUCCAACAUCCACUGCAACCUGUUAAGUUAAAGAUUAAAAUUCAACUAUUGGAGAGAAUUUUAAAUGAAACCAUUUUAACAAACAGCCCUCAGUAAUGGGUCAUUUAUGUUCUUUUUGUGUGUUAUUUGGCCAAGUAUUCUGUAAAUUACAGUAUGUGCCAGUAUGUAGGUACUUUCUGGAGGUGGCACUUCACCUGCAUGAGUUACACACUGUGACUUUAAAUUGGGAUUUAUAUUGUAGAUCUAGUUAAUGCAAUAUAUAUGGACAAAACCACUAUGACUUGAGGGCUGUAGUGGCUAGGGUGGUAGCAGAGAACAAAAGAACUCAAUCCGUUCCUUCACACUGAGGACUUCAAGUGGCAAAUAUAAACACUUACUGCCGCUGUCACUGGUAGCUUAUUGUGGAGCUUCCCAAAGGUCUUUUGGGCAUUUAAAGGUGAGCAAGCAAGAGAGAUGGUCUUAAAGGUGCACUAUGAUACUUUUCUGGUUGAGCGUCCGCUACCUGCUUGUCUCCAUGGAGAUGCUAUUGCUUAGUGUGUUUCUUUCCUACAAGUGUUUUAUUGCUAAAACAUUCAUUAAAACAUACAUUCUUAUGGC